AUGGAGGACUAUCAGAGCGCGGAAGAGACUACUUUUGUUGUUGACGAAGUGAGCAACAUCGUGAAAGAGGCCAUAGAAAGCGCCAUCGGUGGCAACGCCUACCAGCACAGCAAAGUCAACCAGUGGACCACAAACGUAGUAGAACAAACUUUAAGCCAACUCACCAAGCUGGGAAAACCAUUCAAAUACAUUGUGACCUGUAUAAUUAUGCAGAAGAACGGAGCAGGACUACACACGGCGAGUUCCUGCUUCUGGGACAGCUCUACUGACGGGAGCUGCACUGUGCGAUGGGAGAACAAGACCAUGUACUGCAUCGUCAGCGCCUUCGGACUGUCCAUCUGA